UUUACGUCUAGAAUUACACCUCAACGUCGCACCUCCACCGACUUAAUAAUCAUCAACGCUCACCGUUUCAUAAAGGCUUAACCAGUAGCUGCAGCCUGCAAGCGCAAAGCAUCGGAUACAGUUUCAUGAGUGCCCCAUUUGAUUAGGAUGAGGACUUCGAUUAAUCGCCCACCAACGCCUGUUGCGGAGGAAGAUGAAGAUCAUCAGCCCACUCUUCAAGAAAUCAUCAACAUCAAGCUGAUCGAGAGCGGCGAAAAAGAGCGACUGAAGGAGCUUUUGAGGGAGAGGCUCAUAGAAUGUGGUUGGAGGGAUGAAAUGAAAGCUCUUUGCAGGGCGUUUGCAAGGAAGAAGGGAAGAAAUAAUGUUACUGUAGAUGACCUUGUGCAAGUUAUUACGCCCAAGGGAAGAGCUUCUGUUCCUGAUUCUGUGAAGGCUGAGCUGUUGCAGCGAAUCAGGACUUUUCUUGCAUCAGCUUCUAUUUGAUGUUAUAUGAUAGAUGCAGCUGAUAGGGGCAACCUUCUAGAGUCUCGCACUGCAGUUUUCCCUGUGAAGUGGAGUUUCUCUGCUUUGUUAUUCCAAGUUAGCUUUGAUGAAGUGACGUUCAGUAAUUUGAUUAUGAGUUUAUGGUUUCUUCUGGGAAUCAGAAGUUUGCAUCGAUAAAGGGAAACUGUUAUUUUCUUCGGAUAUCAGGCAUGGGAGAAGAAAUUGGGAUUUUGAAGUUAUAGUGCUGAGUCCUGAAACCGAUCUUUUCUUUUUUUGGUUAUUUGUUAUGAGGAUGUUAUUGAAAUUUCAUGUCAAUCCUGUUAAAGAAUUCAUAAACAAAAUAGACGAAAGAAUCUAUUUUAUUAUUAUUAUUAUUGUUACUUUUAAGUUUUAGUGAUGUUACUUAUCAAAAAAGUUUUAGUGAUGUCAA